AUGGGUGGGGGGCGGGGUGGGGGGUGAGUGCCGGUGCACGCACUUUGUGCAGCGUUCGGUGCACGGGUGAUGCAGUGGGUGCGUGCCUUUUGCGAGGGGAUAUCGCGCAUUCAUUUGGUGCAUGCAUUUUCUGCAUGGAUUUCUUUUGGUCUCGUCAUGUAUUUCUCCCCGUGCACACACACAUCUUUCUCUUUGCAUUCGCAGGGACGCAUGGAAUACCUCGUGAAAUGGAAGGGCUGGUCGCAGAAGUACAGCACGUGGGAGCCCGAGGAGAACAUCCUGGAUGCCCGCCUGCUGGCAGCCUUUGAGGAAAGGGAACGAGAGAUGGAGCUCUAUGGCCCCAAAAAGCGAGGACCCAAGCCCAAGACUUUCCUCCUCAAGGCCCAGGCCAAGGCUAAGGCCAAAACUUACGAGUUCCGAAGUGACUCGGCCCGGGGCAUCCGGAUCCCCUACCCUGGCCGCUCACCCCAGGACCUGGCAUCCACCUCCCGGGCCCGUGAGGGCCUUCGGAACAUGGGUCUGUCGCCUCCCGGGAGCAGCAGCAGCACCAGCAGCACCUGCCGAGCGGAGCCACCCCGGGACAGGGAGCGGGAGCGAGAGCGUGAGAGGGAGCGGGAGCGUGAACGUGAGCGGGAGCGGGGUGCUGGCCGCGCAGAAGACAAGCCCAGCUCGCCUGGCGACAGCUCCAAGAAGCGAGGUCCCAAGCCCAGGAAGGAGCUCCUGGACCCUUCGCAAAGGCCGCUGGGAGAACCUAGUGAUGGCCUUGGAGAGUACCUCAAGAGCAGGAAGCUGGACGAAGCCCCUUCCGGGGCAGGAAAGUUCCCAGCGGGCCACAGUGUGAUCCAGUUGGCCCGAAGGCAGGACUCCGACCUGACACAGUGCGGAGUGGCCAGCCCUAGCGCCACAGAGGCCACAGGCAAGCUGGCCGUGGACACCUUCCCAGCCAGGGUCAUAAAGCACAGGGCUGCCUUCCUGGAGACCAAAGGCCAGGGCGCCCUGGAUCCUGGUGGCCCCCGAGUCCGGCAUGGCUCAGGCGCCCCUGGCUCCAUGGGGAGCCUGUACCGAGACAUGGGGGCUCAAGGGGGAAGGCCCUCCCUCAUCGCCAGGAUCCCAGUGGCUAGAAUCCUGGGGGACCCAGAGGAAGAGUCCUGGAGUCCCUCUCUGACCAACCUGGAGAAGGUGGUGGUCACUGAUGUGACCUCAAACUUUUUGACCGUCACCAUUAAGGAAAGUAACACGGACCAAGGCUUUUUUAAAGAGAAAAGAUGAAAUGCGGGGUGGGUGAGCCCAGGAGCAGCCAGGAGGAGGGCGAGGCAGCGCCGAAACUGGCAUAGUGCGUUUUAUUUCUGGGUGGGAUGCGGCCUCUUGGCUGGUCCUGCCCCUAAUAUCACACACCCUAACCCCUUCCAUCUCUCCCUCCCUCCUCCCCCAGUUUCGUUGGAAAGAUUAUCUCUAGAGUUAUAUUUUCUAUUAGAUGUAAAUAUGUUAUUUAAGAAAAAAUAUCUAAAUAUAUAUAUUUCAACUAUUGAAGUUGUUUUAUUUAAACAAGGAGAGAGAGUCCAUGUGGUUUAGCUGGGGACAGACAGGCUGAGCUGGGGCAGCAGGGCUCCUCAGCACCCAGGGUACUAGGAAGGUUAGGGAGCUGGGCCUACCAGUCCUGGGCACUGGGUCUCUGAGGGUGUCUACAGGGACUCAGCUGCCCAACCUCCCCUCCCCCCUCCCCAUGCCAGACCGCUGGAAGCAAGGCAGGGCCGGAUUUCUUCUCUCCUCCCCAUUGGCCAGGCAGGCCAACAAAAGGUUGGCUCCCCAAUCAGAAAAAAGGGGGUGGGGUCAGCUCUGUUUUUCUGUACUUUCCUUUUUGGGAUUAAGUCUAUUAGGGGAAAAAGUUUUAACUUGAACUUUUUUUUGUGUGUGUGAUGUUGAAGGUCAGAAGUUGCAGGUGGGUGGGAGCAGGCGGCUUUCCCCCAGGACCAUCCGCCAGAAAAGCACUUUAUAGGACAGGGGCGUGAGUGGUACACGCAGAAUGUGUGGACGUCGUGUGGAUAAAGCUUCCCGUGCCCUCGAUGUCUUUCCGUCCUCCGCAGAGAGAAAAGAAACCCAGCGAAUCUGUUUACAUUCCCGAAAUGCCAGGAGAAAUGAGGAUUGCUUAUCUGUGCCGGAGUUCCGGACAGUUGUUUUACAAGAAAAGUGUUUGGGGUAGACUUUCGCUUGUCUCCUCAUCUAGCUUCUCCAGGAGAAGGGACAGUGGCCACCACCUCCCAGGAGGAGUUGGACCAGGCGCUCUCCCUCCGGGGAGGGCGGCUUGCCAGCUCUCGGAUGGACCGACACACGGCCAGACAGGCCCACCCGGCGGGACCUGCGAGGGCGGCGCGGCGGCGGGCCGACUGGGAGGCCGGGGAGGAUCCGGGGCUCUGCGAGCCGCCGGGACGGAGGGGCGGGCAGUGUGUUCCUCCAAGAAUGCGCAUCCGAACUUUUGCGUUUUCCUUUUUUUCUCCUUCUUAAAAGCAAAAGCUAUAAUUUAUAGGCCUUUUCGGCUGGCGCAGUGUUCUCUACUUGAACUCUGCAGACUCGGCCAAGGGGAGGGAGCCGCGGGAGUGGGGAGAGGGGGCGGCCGGGCGGGGCCGGCGCGGCGGGGCCGAGACGCUGCGCUCCGAGGGCGCAGCUCUGCGCCGCUCUUCUGACUCAAAAGCACAAAUCGGCCCCUGUCCCGGGGAGGGCUGAUCCCGGGCCUCCCCGCCCUUAAAGGGCCAGCGAGGAGCUCGAGAGGAGACGAGCCCUGAGCGCCAGACCAAGCACAGACUGGGCGAGGGAGGUGGGGAGCCAGGCUGGGGGCUGGCGCGGGCAGGGCGGGGAGCCCCGGCCUCGACCUCCCCGGCUGCCCACCUCCCGCUUCUUGCCUCUCUCUCUUCUCCAGACUUUCUUACCUUUAAAGAGAGAAAGAGAGAGGAAAAAAUGAGGAAAACGGUGUAAUAAAUGAUUUUGUUUUUGAAUAUCAAAUUGCACCUAUAAUGAGAAGCCCCAGAAUGGGGAUUUUUACCUGCUCACAUUUGUAAAACCGGUAUUUUAGACUUUGUAUAAAGCAGCGCCGUUGACCGAGUGUAUCUACUUACAUGUCGACGCUAUUUUCAGAUGAAACUUAAUUCCACGGACAUGUCUGUCGCUGAGUGGACGGUAACUCGGGGACACGUGUCUUUACCUGGCUGCCGCCUUCUCCUCCCUGUCUUCCUUGCUCACUCCCACCUCCCCCCUUCCUCGCGCCGACUUCUUACCUUCCCUCCAACCUUGCUCUUGCUCGCCCGCCUCUACCCCUCCAACCCUGCAUCCUGCCGUCUGUCCUUGGCGGUACGUGUGUCUCCCUUGCUAGCUCUGCAACGCACACCUGGGGGGGUGGGUGGGCAGGGGCCAGGGCUACCUGGCCAUGAGUCUGCAGCCGUGCGGGGUGUGCGCGUGUAGGGUUUAUUAAAUUCUAAGAUUUGUACAAACCUCUGCUUGGUCUCCCCCUGGGCUCAAGAGUGAAGCUUCGGUACCUGUCUUCUGCGGUUGUGAAUGUCUGUAUCCAAUACCUGCUUUUUACGUGUUUAAAUAUAUACUUUGUAAAUACAGACGCGUCUGGAUUUCACUCUUUUAUUCUUUUUUUGUGAUCUGAGGGAAGAGAAGCCCCGGCAGGAGAGGCCCGUUGGCGCCUCUCUCAUUACCUACCCUUGUCCCCUUCGCCCUGGGAUGGUUCCUCCGCAGACCCUUCCCAACGGAGGGAGCCCCACUUAGGAGAGAGAGAGAGAGGUGGGAUUGGGAGGGAACUUGGUAGACCUUGCUCAGCCUCCCUGAGGAGGCUGCUGCUUUCCUCACCUGCCGGCUUCACUCCUCUUGGACCUGGGUAGAAAUGGGGGACCCCUGAGAGGAUAGGCAUGACCCCGGGGUUCCCCGUUCCUCAGCGGAAGCCAGUCCCAGCUCUCGCCUGCAGGCUGCCCCUGCGCUCCCCACCCCCAGGCCCCACGUCGC